AUGCUGGCGACGAAGACGAAAUCGCAGAAUAGCAGCGAAAUCGAUGAACUGAAGGAUCUUAUGCGCGUCACUUUCAAUGUGAAUAAAUCGGAUGUUCUUGCGUAAGACUUUACUAUCCAUUCCUGAUAAUUGUGUAAUAAUUAUUCAUAGUUUAGGAACUAUAGAGCUUUCGAUCUUGCCGUUCAUUACCUGCGAAUAUUGGAAUGCAGAAAACCCACAACCUUGCAUAUCAUGAAGCAUGCUUUUCUUCAUGGUGUCACUCAAAUUGAGAAUCGGACCAUUGACUACAUCAGGAACAACAAAUUGUCUAUGAGUAUUAGCGAAGCUCUUCAAAAGUUUGCAAACUUUAAAAAAACAAUCUCCGAUGGUACUGCGCCAUCUCCAAAAGUUGCCAAGUACUGCCAUUUCGGAAAAUCGUAUGAAGAAAUGAAAAAGUUCUUGAGUAUUCAUGUCUUUGUUACGCGUAUUGAUGAGUGAGUAAAACAACAAACGGGCCUGAUUCAAGGUGGAAUGUUUCAGCUGUGUAAUUUCUGAUCAAGAAGUUUUUGUGACGGUUCUCAACUAUAUUCGGUUCAAGAAAGAUGAGCAGAAGAUCAACUUUGAUGUUCGGGAUGCGGAACUGGUAAAGUCCAGUAUCAAAAAAGGACAAGCUGCUGGAAUGAGAGUCGCCGUGUUUCUAUUCGAUAAUCUUGAGGUGAGAAGUAGAAUUUCUGAAAAAUUGAGUGAAAUAUUGUUUAUUAUGCAUUUCAGGACCGCCGGGUGACUCUUCAAGCCCAUAAAGCUGGAGUCUUCAGCCCAGUGCUCGAUUCGUCCACAGCCGACAGCAACUUCUCGAUUCCUUCCAUUUCAAUUCGCCCGACUAAACGGCCUCGUAACUCUUUCUAUAUUUCCAACCUUCUCAAAUCUCCACCUCCCUCAAGACCCUCUCCUCAGCUCCCUUUUCAAGCUCCCCCGCCUUCGCUGCCUUCUCCGAUCACGUUCAAUCCAAUUUAUUUCUCCGCUGUUCAUAAUGUAACAAUUCCAAGUUAUUCGGUUCCCUCUCCUUUUGCUCCAUCAAUUCCCUCUUCCCAGCAUUCUCGUCCAAAUUCUAAGGCUAAAAAGUUUUUCAGACCUUGGGAGUGAGGAGAUCUUGAGUUCUUUGUUAAACGAAGUCAUUUCUUAUGAUGAAUGUUUAAUAAUGAACAUAUUUUCGCAAAAUUAUGAGAAAAAGUGAACUGGAUAACAUAGCAUUGACAAUCUAGGCGGAACAGGAACAGGUCGGGCGCGGUUUUUCAUCGGUGACAAAAACUUAUCGGAAGAUCACCGAAUGGCAAUGCGAUUGCCAUACAUUACAAUUUGUGCACAAAUCAGUGUUUCAUGAUUAUCCUAUUGCUGGUACUGGUCCACUUGCACACGUCAUGUGAUUGGAUGGUCAUACUGUAUCGGAACAGAAAGUAAUGGGGUCACACGCGGGAAAAAACUGGUUUUCGUGUAGGUUAGGUAAACUAUUGAUGGCGUGCAAAUCUCACCGUACGAACUAGCAAAUGAAACAAUAACAUAAAGUGCCGGUAAUGUUCAGAUCUGCCUUAAGAUCGAUCAGAUGCAGAUAGUUACAUCGAUGUAUUGAACUAGCAGGUUUCAAAAGAUCACCAUGUUUCCCCUGUCCUUUCUCAAUGAAUAAACAAAGUGUUUGUGCGGAAUUAAAAUUUUUUCAAUGCUGUUUUCAAAACCCAACCGACCUAAAUUAUUGUGGAUGUGGGGUCGGCACGUAAGGCUCCCGUUCGGGGUCCGGUCCUGCAGCCAUAACGAAGAAGUUGAGCUUGGACACGGUUCACUUGGUUGAGUGCGGAAGAUCUGAAAUUAUGUUUGAUCAAGGCUGGGCAAAUGGCCGGCCCAGAAUAUUUGAAGGCCUGCCGAGGCCUGGAAUUUUGAUCCACUUGGACCCAAACUUUGUACGCUUUUUGGACCUGGAUCAAAGUGAAUUAGUUUGGGACCGAUUGCAAUUGGAUCACAAAUCCCGGGCCUCCGCAGGUUUUGAAAAAACCUGGGCCGGUAUUUUGACCGGCUCUGCUGGAAAACAAAGCUCGGGAGCGGCUUUGGGGUUGUGACUUUCCAAGAACAAAGCGCUCCCUUUACUUGAGAUCAAUGGGAGCACUACUUCAGCGACGGGGAGUUAGUCUGUAUCAGUCAAACCCAUUUGUUGUUCUUCGUGACUAGGCCUCCUCGUGGCAAAAAACGGAAACGGAGGCAUUUUUUAACAAUGCUCUCCCUAUUUUCUUUCAUUUUUUAAAUAUUUUCUAUGAUCUCAAUGAAUUUUUCUGAAAUUUUUGAAAAAAAGUGAGUUACAAAUUCUUUGCAGCAUUUCGUUCUUUAUUUAGUCUGUUCAGAACGGUCCGACAUUCAAUCAGUGUGCUCGGAAAUAGUGGUUUCGGAAAAGUCCUUCUCUCAUAGCACACUUCGUCCAAGUGCUACGUCGCUCUUAAGUAGAUAAAGGAAUUUUACUGUUUGAGGUAAGGAAAUUGUUCUAUUUUCAAUGAGUUUUCUUGAUUGGCCUUUGUUCGAAGCAUUUUUCCUUGAUUUUCUUCUGUUUCGUAUCUUCAAUUCAGAUUCAAUUUUUCAGAUGAAUACCACAAACAAUCCGAAUCAAUCACCCAUGCUCAGAUGCCGUUGGUAAUGAGAUAACAAAGCCGUUCCGAGUGAGUACAUGUCUGAAGUCAACCAAAUCUAGACGAAUAUCCUAUGUUUUCAAUGGCUCAACAAGAAAUUCGCCGGAGCUCCGUCGUCUCAUCAUUGUGAUUUUGUAUCGUCCAUGGUGCGCACUGCAUUGAUUCUCUGUGGCAACAACUUAAAAAUGGCCAACUCCGGACAGAUUUGGCACGAUUUUAUGCUCCAUGUGUCCUAAUGGGAGUCCAAUUUCUUCACGAGAAGAAGAACUUCUGGAUCUCAUAUUAUUCCUAUUAAACAUUGUUAAAAUUUUAAUAAAAUAGUGAUAAUGUUUAGUUUGUCGUUUUGAAAACUUGUCAAAUUCGGUGCCCACUCCGCAAACACCGUCACGGCACAUUCGAGCCUUCAAAGGCGCAUCCCUUCACUCCAUCGGCGGGUCUCGCAGCGAAAACGAUUCGCUUCGUUUUUAGAUAUAUUUUCAGAUUAUUUUCUUCGGGUUUUGGCAGAAUAGAAACAAUUGAAGUUGGCUUUUCAGCAAAAAGCAAGUUGAUUAUCACAUUUCUCAUUUAUUUCAGGUCCUUCGGCAACUAAUAUCGAUCGGCGACGCCAAUGAACAGGGAAAAAACGUUGACGAAAGUGGAAGAACACCGAGAAGAACCAAUCUGACAUAAGGUUUUCUCAAAUUCCGAUCAAAGUUUGAUGAAAAUAGACAUUUCGUCGACGUAUCAGCGUUUACUUGGUUCCUGCCACUGUAAACUGCAACUCAACCGCCAAAUCAACGUUCCGAACACAAUUCCAGGCUUCUGUGAACGGAUUCCAUCGGAGGAUUGACCAUAAAAAGACAAAUUCAUGUGCUGAGUUCCAAGUUUAUAGAGAACGACCUUCCGCUUGACAUUUAUGUCUAGUUUUGUGAUUGCUGAACGACUUGUUGUCUCCGCAAUCCAGAUCUAGUUGUAACUGUCUCUUUGGAUAACUUUUUGUUUCAUUCGGAAGAGAGCAACAAUUGAUGCGACAAUCACUAAUUUUCUUUCAGAUCUACUCUCAAACGACAUGGCUCGGAAUCAAUUUUUGCCAGUGUCUAUUCAUCGAAUAUUGUGCGCACACUGGACAUGACCUCUUCCUCCCGCCCUCCCCACCUGCGACCUGCACAUAACGUCUUCACUUUGCCGUAUGCUCUGCUAAAUCAUCGUUCGUCUCGUUCACUUCCAACCAUACGGUGAGGAAAUCAAUGCAACCAGGUCCGUUUCUUUUCCCGCCAGGACUGCCUCUCCUGACGAUCACUCCGAUGUCAUCGCCAGGGCUACUAACCGAGGAUGCUCAAAGAAUGUUGCUUGAAGUAGGUUUUCUAUGCUUUUGAGGUCCCCGAACGUAUCGUUUUCAGCAAGCACUGGGUCAACCGAAACACGAAGGUCCCUCGCAGUUGCGCAAGCUCUUCAUUGGCGGCUUGAGGCAUGAGACGACUGGCGAACAGGUACGGAUUUUAAACACACAUACAAUAAACAAAUGUCCUCUUUCAGCUCGCCCAGUACUUCUCAAAGUGGGGACCGGUGAUCAAUGCGAUCGUGAUGCGUGACACACAAACGAAGAUUUCUCGCGGAUUCGGCUUCGUCACUUUUGCCUCGGUCUACAGUGUCGAGCUGGCGAUGGCGGAUAGACCGCAUGUGCUGAGCGGCAAGACGGUCGAUUCGAAAAGAGCGAUUUCACGAGAGCAAAUGGCCUCAAACUCUGCAACUCUAUCGGUCCCCGUCUCAUUCUUCCAAGCAUUUUCACCUCCGGCCCCUGGUUGCAAGGUUCUGUUGACCGGAAUCAUCGCCGGAAUUCAUUCGGUCGAAGCUCUUCGCAUUUACUUUGACACCUUCGGGACUCUUGAUCAAAUCGAGAUUCUCAACGGAUCCGGACUGGCGUUCGUGGUCUACGUGGCGAAGGUGUCGGCGGACCGCUGUUUGGCGCACAACUUUGGGCGACACGUCGUCAACGGACAGAUCAUCCACGUUCAGGAGUUUGCAAAGUGCUUGCCAACUACUACCGAAGACGAUUGCAAUAGUUCCGAACUGGAUUUUUCGGAUGACUAG